AUGAGUGUGUCCAAUGCAGAAGACGGCGUGCAAAGGGCCGUCGUGGUUGGAGCAGGGCCCGUGGGUUGUUUAGCCGCGAUAUCACUCGCUAGGGUUGGGUGGCAGGUGGACGUUUAUGAAGCAAGGCCAGAUUUGCGGUUACCGUCAUCCAAGGCAACUACACAACAGCGUUCUAUCAACCUAGCAAUCUCGUCACGGGGGAUUGCUGCUUUGCAGGCCAUUGACCCGGCCAUCAGCGAGCGAUUCCUGCAGACUGCCAUUCCCAUGCGUGGUAGAAUGAUCCACGAUAUCAAGGGAAAUCAACACAGUCAGUUGUAUGAUAAGGAUGGCCAGUGCAUCUAUUCGAUUGACCGCGCUCUCUUAAACGAGGAUCUCCUUUCCGAGGCGUCCAUGGUUCCGAAUAUCCGCUUGUUUUUCAAACACAAGGUUCUUGCGAUCGAUUUUGAUAACAGAACGAUGGUUGUCCGGGACCUUGACUCGGAAAGAGACAUCCGGACAGCCUUUCACUUCUGCAUCGGUGCUGAUGGCUCCUAUUCAAUUGUUCGUCGCCAGCUCAUGCGGGCCGUAAGGAUGAACUUCCAACAAGAAUAUAUCCCUCACGAAUAUAUUGAACUUAAAAUACCGGCAGGCCGCGAUAAACAUGGCAAACCCUCGUUCUUGCUUGAUCCGAAUCACCUUCACAUUUGGCCCCGUCACUCUUUCAUGCUCAUCGCUCUUCCCAACAAAGAUUGCUCCUUCACAUGCACUCUGUUUGCGCCGACAUGCGAGCUCGAUCGCUUGGCCACUACGCAGGAUAUCUCAUCUUGGUUCAAGACCCACUUUUCAGAUGCACUCGCUCUCUUAGGAGAGGAGAAGCUUUUAUAUGACUUUGCGAACAAUCCCCGCUGUCCACUUAUUACAAUCAAGGCUGGUGAUCUUCCAUGUAUCACUAGUAGCGCCGAGCCAUAUCAUUACAAGGGACGUUGUGUGAUUAUCGGCGACGCAGCCCAUUCUAUGGUGCCCUUUUACGGACAAGGACUCAACUGCGGCUUCGAAGAUGUUAGGAUAUUGCAAGCUCUCCUCCAAGACAACGGUGUUGCACCUAGGAAUGCACCGCCCAGAUUAGACGAAGAAGCCCUCGCGGACUCAAGGCUGUCCAAUGCACUGUCUCGGUAUACAGAAACCCGACAUGAGGAUCUCGUUGCCAUCUGUGAUCUUGCCAUGUACAACUACAUCGAAAUGCGACAUUCUGUGACUACGCCAACGUACCUGUUCAAGAAGGCGCUUGACAACUUCCUGUAUGCCAUCAGCUCGUGGCACAGUCCGUCUUCGGAACCAGCCGUUCGAGCCUCCAUGACUACUAUUCCUUUCCCUACGCGUAGGCCGUCUGGCUGGAUCCCGCUCUAUACUAUGGUAACUUUCCGGCCUGAUGUGAGUUAUGCGACAGCCAAGAAGAAAGCUGCCAGGCAGUCCGAGGUUCUAACCACCGUCGGACGGCUUGGUACUAUUUUGAUGGGUGCCACGAGCUUGUACUUGAUGCUGAGGGUGCUACGGGGUACCUCAUCUCGAAGAUAA